AACGGCUCUCUGGUGCUUCCCCUUCAGCCCGCUAGCUAACAGGAGGAGGAGCUGUUGCUCAACUACCAGGGAAGUGGAGGAGGUGUUCAGAGUGAACCAAGCUGCUCUCAUGUCAACUAAUGGACCAGUAAAGUCAUCAUUUCUCCAGCUCUCCUCUCGGUAUAGUGUUAAAGGGUCACUUUUACCUAGUUUUAGAGUAACACCAGGAGGACUCAGAGAGCAGCAGCGGCCCGCGGCUGAAAUUAGGCGCUCACUAUGUCUGAUGGGGACUAUGAUUACCUCAUCAAAUUCCUAGCCCUCGGUGACUCUGGCGUGGGAAAAACGAGCUUCCUCUACCAGUACACAGACUGCAAGUUUAACUCCAAGUUCAUCACUACAGUUGGAAUAGACUUCAGAGAAAGAAGAGUGGUUUACAAAUCAACAAAUCCAGAUGGAUCUUCAGGUAGAGGACAGAAGAUUCACAUGCAGCUGUGGGACACUGCAGGACAGGAGAGGUUUCGGAGUUUGACGACCGCGUUCUUCAGGGAUGCGAUGGGUUUCCUCCUCCUGUUCGACCUCACAAAUGAACAAAGUUUCCUCAACGUCAGAAACUGGAUGAGUCAGUUACAGAUUCACGCAUACUGCGAAAGUCCAGACGUCGUUUUGUGUGGCAACAAAUGUGACCUGUCAGAUCAGAGAGCAGUCAGUGAAACAGAGGCCCGUGAGCUGGCAGAGAAAUACGGAAUCCCAUACUUUGAGACGAGUGCUGCAAACGGGCUCAACGUCAACCAGGCUGUGGAAGAGCUGCUGGAUCUCAUCAUGAAGAGGAUGGAACGAUGUGUUGACAAAUCCUGGAUCCCUGAUGGGACCGUCCGAGUUAAUGGACCCACCAACCCAGACAACUCAGAGGGCUCCGAUAGGAGCAAAUGUGCAUGUUAGAAUAAAUGAUGACGGUUACAUAUCUGUGUCCAUAAUACUGGAGAAAAAAUAGGAAUACAUUCAAGUUUAACAGUGGGAGUAUAAUACAGUAUAAUUGUAUUCUAUGUUAGGUGAAACAUGACAUUAUUAGUGUCCGUUCAUUGCCUUACAAAGCAGUUAAUUACUGAUAUACAUUCAUUGACAUUGUUUGUUUGUACAGAGGUAAGUGCCUUUUGAAUGUGGGCAUUUCAUUUGAAUUCAUAUAAUGGGUCUUUUGAAUCAUUAAUUCAUAUUGGAGUGUGGGAUAUUUAUUUCUUAUGAUGCCUAGCUGAAUAUACAGUCAGAUAAAUGUUGACCGUGAUACCUGCAGUCACAGUUUAUUGGGGGAGCGAAAUCUGCGGUCGUGUCUAGAAGGUAACCAGCAAAAUACAAAAUCUUAACAAUCUCCAGAGAGUUUCCCCAAGCCACGGGUUACCUUCUAUACACAACCGAAAUUUGCUAUGGAUGUACUUUUAAGAACUAUACUUACUUUACUUUAGAUAUAUACUACUGAUGCUCUACUGAAUGUCCAGCUGAAUACUGCAACCUCACCAGUGCCACAGUCAGAAAACAUGUUGCUCACAUUGACCAUCAAACGUUAGCUAGAUGGACAAUUAAACACUUGUGUAUUUUUUCUUUUCUAAAUCAAUGUUUGUACUUGUUUGUCUCCAAAACUUAAAUUAUAGAAUAUAGUUUGACUAAAUCAUCUACACUUCAGUAUGUACAGCGACAGGUUUGGCCAAUAAUUAAAAAAAAUGAUGCUCCGUAGUUUGAUAAAGGAACAAAUAAAACUGAGCAGUAACUCAGGAACGCAGGUAAUUCAGGUAGUUCAUCCUGGUGUAUGAAGACCGAUGCAAAAAAUUAAAAUAAAUAAAUUGAAUUUCAAAUUCUCUGAAUAUAUUUCAAAGAAUGAAAUGUGAAUGCAAAAUCUAAUUUAACCUUUGUGAACAUGUAAGUAACAGCAGCUAUAGUAAGGCUGACUUUAGCCCCUUGUAUUGCUCAAUUGUAUCACUGUUCACCUGUAACAAUGCCUUUGGUUUUAAAGUAUUGCUCAGGCGAGAUCCUAGAUACUCAUACCUUAUGCCCAGGCUCCAUCUCAUAUGGUUCGUUAUCACCUGAAACAAUGAACAUCUCUGCUGACAUCAUAAAAAAUACCCUUAUAUCAAAUAAAACUUCAACUUCAGGGAAAAUGAGCAGAGGUGAUUUUCACACAGCAAACGCCACUUUCUUUAUUGAGUGUGGCUAUUGUUUAGGCUGUCAUCUACUCAUUAAAUGUAUCAUAGGACAAGAUGUAUCAGGAUCUGAGUGGCUUAUUGCUUCAGCUAAACAAAUAUCUGAUAGAAAUCCUGUAUUCAAGUGCUAGAUGCAGUGAAAAGAGCUGUUAGGUGCUAGAGGGCCGCUCCGUUGCUGAAUUCUCUAUCCCCUAGUACAUUAUUGGAUGGAGAGUGUUUUGUUUCAUGUAUCAUUGUGUUAACAAGAAGGCUGUUGAAUUUGUUAGUUUUUUAAUCUUGCUAAACACAGAUUUUUAUUGGCAAGUUUUAUAAGUCGGCAGUAAGAUGGGGUCUGCAUUUCAGUUUACUUUUAUGGUGUGCAUUUAAAAUCUUAAUGCUCACCCUUUCACAUAAGUUUAUAUUACCACUGAUAUUCUAUAAAUAGCACACUCAUCCACAUUAUUUGUUUUACACUGUUUUAGUUUUAGUUUUAGUUUAGACACACAAGUAUAUUUUUUCACUCCGUUUCAGUCCACAGAUUUGGAAAAACUACCACAAAAAUUUAAUUUGAUCAUAUUAGUAAGACUACACUGAAAUAUUUCACAUUUUCAAUUGUGCCAUACGGUUUUCAUAUGCAAAAUAUGUAAAUUAUGUCCAAAAAUAAAACAUUUUAUUUAUGUAUUCCUUGAA